GUGUCGGGCGUUUUCUCGUUCUCCCUCCGUUUUCCUUCGGUUUCCCGGCAACCAAACAUGCGCCUGCUCUUGCUUUGCUUCCUCUGUUUCUUCAUUUCCAUCCGUAUGUCUCUUCCUUCACCCACGGAGCUUGAGCUUCUUCUCCAAGUCAAGGCUUCGUUGGACCCAGAAAACCGUUACUUGACCUCGUGGACACCCGGGUCAGACCCAUGUAGCACCCGGUCCUUUGAGGGUGUAGCCUGCAACGAGGAAGGUCGCGUGGCUAACAUUACACUUCAGGGGAAGGGUCUCUCGGGAAGGAUUCCGGCAGCCCUCGGCGGUCUCAAGAGCUUGACCGGGUUGUACCUGCAUUUCAAUGCGUUGAAUGGGGAGAUACCCAAGGAGAUUGCGAAUCUGAGUCAGCUCAGUGAUUUGUACCUCAAUGUGAAUAAUUUGACUGGGAAAAUUCCUCCUCAGAUUGGUAACAUGGCUAAUCUUCAAGUUUUGCAAUUGUGUUACAAUAAGUUGUCUGGUAGCAUACCUACACAGCUAGGAUCUCUGAAGAAACUUGGUGUCCUCGCUUUGCAAUAUAAUCGACUAACUGGUGCAAUCCCGGCAAGUUUGGGGGAUUUGGAGAUGUUAACCAGGUUGGAUUUGAGCUUCAACACCCUUUUUGGUUCAGUUCCAGAAAAAUUAGCUAAUGCUCCAAUCCUAAAAGUGCUAGACAUCCGCAACAAUACUCUCUCUGGCAAUGUACCUCCAGCUUUGAAGAGACUGAAUGCUGGGUUCCAAUAUGAAAACAAUCUGGGCUUAUGUGGCUCUGGGUUUUCCAAUCUGAGAGACUGUGCAGAUUCGAGUAAAGUGUUUACGGACAGACCUGAACCAUUCAAGCCAAAUGGUUUGUACAAAAAGGAUAUUCCAGAGUCUGCAAAUUUACAUCCUAGUUGCAGCAAAACCCCCUGUUCUAGCCCAUCCAAUAAGUCACAGAUAGGUGUGAUAUUUGGCAUCAUUGGAGUUGUUGUUGCCUUUUCUGUCAUUGGACUUUUCACAUUUGUAUGGUAUCGUCGCAGAAAACAGAAAAUUGGAAGUGCUUUUGAUGUUUCAGAUGGACGGCUUAGCACUGACCAGGUCAAGGAAGUUUACAGAAGAAGUGCCUCUCCCUUAAUCAGCUUAGAGUAUUCAAAUGGGUGGGAUCCUCUAGACAAAGGUCGAAAUGGAAAUGGGUUUUCUCAGGAAGUUCUUGAGAGCUUCAUGUUCAACUUAGAAGAAGUUGAGCGAGCAACACAGUGCUUUUCAGAGGUGAAUUUGUUGGGGAAGGGUAAUUUCUCAGCCAUCUAUAAGGGUUUCCUUAGAGAUGGUUCUGUUGUUGUUAUAAAAUGCAUUGCCAAGACAAGCUGCAAAUCUGAUGAAGCUGAGUUUUUGGACGGGUUAAAAAUUCUGACCUCAUUGAAACAUGAAAAUCUUGUGAGGUUAAGAGGAUUUUGCUGUUCCAAAGGUCGAGGCGAGUGUCUUCUCAUCUAUGAUUUUGUGCCGAAUGGAAACCUGUUUCAGUAUCUGGAUGUACAGCAGGGUAGCGGCAUUGUUCUAGAAUGGUCCACCCGAAUCUCUAUCAUUAACGGCAUUGCCAGAGGUAUUGGGUAUUUACAUGGAAGCAAGGGAAACAAGCCUGCUCUUGUUCAUCAGAAUAUAUCCGCAGAGAAUGUGCUUAUUGACAGAAAGUAUAAUCCUUUGCUCUCCAAUUCAGGCCUGCACAAACUCCUUGCGGAUGAUAUUGUGUUCUCCACUCUGAAAGCUAGUGCUGCCAUGGGAUACCUCGCUCCUGAGUACACAACUACAGGUCGUUUCAAUGAAAAGAGUGAUGUGUAUGCAUUCGGAAUGAUUGUCCUUCAAAUCCUAAGCGGAAAACGUGAAGUCACUCAGUUCACCCGCCAAGCAGCUGAAGCUAGCAGAUAUGAAGAUUUUAUCGACACAAAUCUAGAAGGAAAGUUCUCAGAUUCUGAGGCAGCAAAACUUGGGGAAAUCGCUUUGCUUUGCACCCACGAAUCCCCUAACCACAGGCCGUCCAUGGAAAAUGUGAUGCAAGAACUGAGUGGAUUGAUUGGGAGUUCCUAAAUUUGACUGGGAGUAAUUGCAUUGCCUCAAUUUUAAGUGGACUUAAGGCGAGUUUUGACUAUUACUACGUUGGCUAAUUGUAUCAAUGGCAUGUUCUUUUCCUAAUGACCAUGCCAACCUUAAUGAUGUACUUACUAUUCGGAUGAUAAUUUAGGGAUGGAUGCCUACCAGGAGGAGAGAUCUCAUCCUUGAAACUGUCCUAUUAGUUUAAUUUAUCUGAAACAAAAUUGUUAAUUUCAG